UUUUGAAACAGCCCAGACAAGCAGCUCAUGGAUGAGCUGGUGCAGCGCAUCAAGUGUGCCAGCCCUCUGGAGGUGCUUGCCAUCACGUGGGCGCAUGCCGCGGAGCUGGAUGCGACCACUGCCGUAGCAGCGCUGGAGGUGAUCGCGGGUGAGCCGGAGAGAGUGCAGCGCGACAUGCGCGUGGCAAAGCUGGUGUUCGACCUCAACACCAUGGCCCACUGCAAUCGAAUCCGGGGUCGCCUCAUCCCACGCUGCGUGGCAGCCUGCUCAAAGCUGGGCCUGCGGCAGCCCUCCCUCUUCUUCUGCCUUUGUGCAGCUGCCCAGAAGAGAAUCCAGGAGUUCUCUGCCUCUGAGUUGGCCCAACUGCUUUACCACCUUGCACGUAGCGGCAUCUCCGACCUGGACUUCCUGAAGGCGUUGACCUGCACGCUGCCCCCGCAGCUUCACUGUUGCAGCGUGCAGCAGAUCGGCGAGGUGGCUUGGGCGCUGGCAGUGCUGCGCUUCCGCUCUGCGCAGUGUUUGGCAGCGCUUCACGGCGAAGCAUGUUCCCGACUUCGCGACUUCCAGGCGGAGUCACUCUCUCAUGUCCUGUGGUGCUUGGACUGCUUCGGCCAGCAGGAGAUGUACCUGGAGCUUGCCAACCGGGUUGUGGACGCCUUUGAUUUGGGUCAGCCAGAGAACCACCUGCUAGCGUACAGCUGUUUGUCGAUCUCGUGUCAAGGCCAACUCGAUCACAUCCUGCAGCCACUGGCAACGGACCUGGCAAGGCUGGCAGGCAGCGACGAUAUGGAGAUCUCCAUCCGUGCGCAACACCUGGGCCCGGUGCAUACAGCACGUGUGCUUUCCUCUCUGGGCGUGCAGGUGAGUUCGGGGUCUUCGUCUUGGGCACGUGCUGCUCUGUGCGUGGUGCAAGAGAUCGAGGGCUCGAGCCCGGUUCCCAUGGAGAAGGCAAAAGUGCCCGUGGUAGAUGCAGACAGCUACGCCCAGAGCCUGGCGAAGUUUGGCGUGGACAACUUUGGCAAAAUCGGAGGUCGUUGCUUGCUGAACCAGCUCGGAAUUGGACGCUUGGAGGACCGCUGGCUUGCAGAGGUGAAGAACUUCAUCGCUGCCUGGUCACAAGGUGUUGGACGAUCACCUUUGGAUUGGAAAGCUCAGACGGCACAUCGGCGGAUUUAUGCCUUUGCGGAGUUUCACUUCACUUCCCUCCACGGGAGGGUUCUGCUGGAAGGUACCCUGUUCCAGCUCAAUGGCCUAUGGGCGGAUCCGGAGUGUGCUCGCCGACCGUGGCUUUGCGCGAUUCCCCUGCCAAUUAGCAAAUGGGUGGACAGGACACUGUGUGCUGAGUUCCAGCUGCUUGGGGAGGUCUGUGAGAUGCUGAACCGCUCCGGCAUAGAUUUGACCUCCCCCGAGUUGCGCUACUCGGUGAAAGGCUGCCUCAACCUGUAUCUCUCAGAGCCGUCCUGCGUCUCAUGCAUUGGUGCCAUGCGGCAGUUUCAGACAAUGCUGCCAGGAGUGGACCUGUUUGUGGAGGCCGGCAGUGACCCAGUCCAGGACUCUGGAUGACCAGCUACACUUGCAGUGUUCUGGCCGGAGCAUGCGAUUAAUUUGUAGCAAGAAUCGAGUUCGCAGUCAGCCAAGUCAGAGCACAUGACACGCGCAGGAUGGCCAACUUGGAUUCCGAUCGGCAAGAGGUUUGUGGAGCAUGUUCUACUGCGAAUGCUGGGCUUCAAGCAGCGAGAUUCGCAAUAGGGGCCAGCUAUUAGCUGAACUUCUUCAAGCAAAAGUCACAGGCAAGAAAUCUAAGAAGUGCGACGUGCCUGGCUACCGAGAUUUGCUUCUCCAAGACAAUUUGCUGCCUUGGGCCAUGGCUGGCAGGUCUUCGGAAGGGUCGAAGGCCGAGAAGCCUUGAGGAAUGGUUUGGUGACAGGAGAGAACGUUAGAUGCAGGACAAAACAAGGUGCAGUAGCAACGCGCUGUUGCGCCCUGCUCCUCAAGCCGCUCCUCGAGCCACCCAAGACGGUGCGCGCAAGGCGGAAGACUACGGCUUGCUGAUGAUACGCUUGGACUGCUAUGUGCCGCUGAACGGUGUAGCCAGAAGCUUUCAUCGAAGCCCUGCAGGAGGAAUUGGCAGCGCAUGCUUUGCUAAGAAACGUCAAAUUAAAAGCUCGUUCCACAAAACAAAUUGCGUCGCUGUCCUGCCUUGAGGUGCUUCAGUGGGUUGAGGCCCUUCCAGUGCAAGUUGUGCACCUGGAUCUCAGCAAGAACGGGAUGAUGGUUUCCUGCACGAAUUGGGGAGCAGGUGAUUCUCGAUGAGAACCGAGUAGUUAACAGCAGUGGGUCCAUGUUGGCUCAAAGUAUUUCAUGAGGAGAACUUUGUCCAGCAAUCCCAUCAACAAGGCUGUCUAAGUCAUGGAGCAGCGCCAGCACCUGCAGUGGGGUGGUGCCAAAGCUCGGGAGGCUGUGAAGAACAACAAGGAUUGGUCCCUCGAUUUUUUUUAAAUGGGACUUCGCCGCUGCUCUGAGCGUCCCUUUGUUUUGUCGAAGCGUUGUGAUGAAGGGAGAUGUUUCUGGAAAGGAUCCCGACAUGAGCAGCGGAAACCUUGUCUCUCAUUGCUGCGGGGAUCGCAUCGCAUGGCUGUGAAAAGGCGCGAAAAAGACGUGUAGUUAGUAUGCGCGCUGCUACUGGUCGCCGAGACGCUAGGACUUCGGUUGGACCUGUUGUCCGGCAUCCACACGCUGCGUGAUGAAGCUGACAUUGUACGCGAAAUCAUUUGGCGCGAGGGCCGCGAAAAACAAUUCUCCGCAAGCAUCCCCGAGUCGAUCGCCGCAGCUUCGAGGUGCUGCGCGUGAGGCGUGAGUCUAGCCAGGCUCAGGUGUCGUCGGUCAAACAUGAGUUCGAAGAUGAAGAGGAGGAAGAAUUGCAAUUCACGCAGAUCAACAUCGGUUGAUAAGAUAAGUGCAGAGAUGGCCCGCCCUUGGCGACGCUAAUUGAGGACCUGUGUCACGGCGUUGUUGAUCCACGUGGCUGUUCUUGCGCUUGGAGUGCUGCAAAAGUGGUCAAGGCCUGAGCAUAGGUACCUGUAUUUCUCAAAUUAAAUGACAAACGGCUGUAUUGCCUGAAGCAAUACUGCAUGGGUCAAGGCAAAAGUGUUUGCUGGGACAGGUGCUCACGAAUGUCACAGCCAGGCAUGAGAGACAACGACAUUGUAAUCCGGGGUUGGGGUCAGCCCACCUUGGAGAGAGCGGCGCGCUAGCGGCUGACAUCCUCCGAUGCUGGCGUUCAAGAAUGCGCUUGCGACGCUUGGGUCGUCAGCUGAACUCACUUGCGUGACUCUCAAUGGGCAACCUGCUGGGAGGAACUUGCCGGGGGGGCGCUUCGAGCGGUGUGAUGUUGCUGCUGCAAGCAGGCGGAGCGCUGGCGACGUGCUCACUGGCUUGUCGUUGCAUUCUCCGGCA